CUCGUUCGCAUUUUCCAGUUUCGCCUCCAGUUAUCAUUAAUUACUGCGCUCACGAAGCACCACUCAGAGAAAGGAAUUUAUGAAAUGGAAUAUCUACUUUCAAUGUGGUCUGUUUACUUUUUGUAAAUCAAAAAGAACACCUACAGCAUGGUCCUCCUCGUCAUAACCACCCGCAUCCUAUCCGCAAUCGAGUCCAUCCCCCCUUCAAGCCGCGAAGAGCUCAGUCUUCCAAGUUCCCCAGCAUUAGAAGGACCAAUUUCACACGAACAAUUGAUCGCGAUAGCUCGAUAUUUCCGAGAAAGUCAAAAGGAGCAAGGAAAUGCUGCCGUCGACCAUGAAAAUGACCAACAUACUCAGACAGAAUCACCAUCGCCUUCGCCAUUGCCAUCGCCAACCCAAUGUCUUACAUUGAACGAACUACUUCGCGGAACAAAAGUCUAUAUCCCUCCUCCACCCAAGAAGCCGGAACCGAGCCCCGAAUACCUCGCCCAAAAAGCAAGGCUCCUUGCCGCCCUACAAACAGACGAAUACAACCGUCUAAUCUCCCCCGGGAGGAAUCUAGCCAUAGGCCCCUCGCCGAUAUUCUCCUCGUCGACGCCGACGGCUUCCGCGCUACAUGGCUCCUCCGACGCCGGCGCAGAUACCCUCAACGGGCUUGACUCGGAAGACCCCUUGACACCCUCUUUGGUGCUGAACAUUUUCCUCUCUGUGCUUAUAACGGGGUUCAGUGUCUAUUGGGCUCUUACUUUCUUUCCAACUCCAGAUUUCCUUUCUACUUUCUUAUCGUCAGCGCCGGCCUCGGAACCGAUGCGUGUGCUCUUGUCGUUGUUUGCUGCUUUGGGUAUUGGUAUCGCAGAGGUUUUUAUUUAUGCUUUUUAUCUGAAGAAAGUGAGUAGCGCUCGGAUACGUGAGAGGCGGAUCAAAGAGAAGAAGGAGCUUGUGGGUGUGGUUAGGGAAGAAUCUGAUAUCGAUGGAGCCAAGAUUGCCGCACAAAAGGGAGAGAAGGAGGAAAUUUGGGGUAGAGGGGUGAACGGCGGUGUUAGAAGAAGGGUGAGGGAGAAGUGGGAGGAAAAGGAAAGGAAUCGAAAUGGGCAUGAUUGAUGACACCAGCCUUCUCAUUGCUUUGGGAGAGUCGAGUCAAUGGAUAGGUGUGUUGCAUAAAAGUGUUGCAUAAAAACAAAUAGUCUUCUCCUUAUCGGCCAUGUGCAGGAAACAGAAGAAAAUUAAAGUACGCUGCAGUCGUGAGCCUG